UGCACUGUGCACUAUUUCAUAAGUUUCAAUCCGUACCUGCAAAAUACCUGCUUAUAAUAGGUUUUAGCUAAAAAAUGAAUUGAGCCCAACAAUAUGAUUGUGAAAAACAUUGUCAAAUUGACCCAAGUCAUGGGCAGGCUCCGGCUGGUCCCCAAUCCCAGGGAGUACAGUCAUCUGGCGCCGCUGCGGAGGAUCAGUCAACGCCAACGGUCAGGACUGGGAUCACGACCACUGUGCACCUAUGCAGGGGGUCACCAGGUGUCCUGGACAACUCCUCCCGCUCCAAGCUCUUCCGGUGGAAUGUUUUGGGCCUUUUCCGCUGCCUUUACCUUUAAUCUCUUCGGUGGCGGCGACGAAAAGGAGGAGACUCCGGAGGACAAGCUGGUCAAGACCAUCAAGCGAUCGAUCCUCUGCAUCCAGCGGGAGCAGUACGACAAGGCCGAGCAGAUGCUCCACCUGGCCCUGCGAAUGGCCCAGGAUAUUCAGAGCAAGGAUGGCAUCACCUACGUCUUCGAUCUGAUGGCCAAUUUGGCCAUGGAACGGGAGCAGUUCAAGAAGGCGGAGAAGAUCUUUACGGAUGUGAUGAAACGCCUCUUUGCCGACGGCCACACGGAAGAAAGUCCCAAGAUUCUCCACAUUAGCUCCAAAAUAGCGCACAUGUCGCAGCUGCAAGGUGACUUGGAGAAGAGUUUUCAAGGCUUCACCUGGACGCUUAAGCAGCUGGCCAAACUGCUGGAGAAAAUGCCCGACGACAAGGACAUUUUGGAGCUAUAUGGCCUGACAAAGAAUUGGUUCGGCCAGCUGCUGAUGAAGCAGGGCAAGUACCUGGAGGCCAGGAACCUCUUCAAGGAGGCCUUUGACACGCUCAUCGAUGUUUAUGGUGCCGUCAAUGAGGCCUCCGUGACCAUCCUGAAUAACAUUAGUGUGGCGUAUGUGAAUCUGGAGAAAUACCCAGAGGCGAGGGAAACCCUGGAGCAGGCCAUGGAGCUGGCCAAGGAGCUGAAGGACGCCACACAGGAGGGCAUUCUACAGGCCAAUCUCGGUUUAGUUUACUUGCGCGAAGGUCUAAUGGCACAAGCGGAGAACGCCUGUCGGCUGGCGUGGAAAUUGGGCAAGCAGCACCAGAAUCCCGAUGCCAUUGAGCAGGCCGAGUAUUGCCUAAACGAGAUUAAGGCCACCCUCAAUGGGGAGAAGCGUCCGUGAGGUUUCUUUUUACAUUGUAUUUUUGACUAUUUAUAAAAAUUUCAUUUCAAAGUAAAGCGCAAAUUUUGAAGGCUUA